UGCUUAUCUAAAAAGGAAGAAAUGGCUUAGUGGUAUAUAUAAAGACAAAACUUCGACCAUAAAUUAAAAACUUGAAACUACAAGAAUGGGCACUCGUCAUUUGCCAUUACUAGCAUUGAGCAGCUGUCUCGUGAUUGCAGUACAUGCUAAAGAUCCUUGCGCUCAAGGUAAUCAUCAAUUGAUCGGUGAGCUCCAUCGGAGCACCCAGUUCCAGCCGGAACCGACGGAUCGCCUUCUAUGUGAUGACGGAUUACGAGCAGGAUGGUACGUGUUCAACAAUAAUGACGAGAUGCCGACGUCAUGCGUGACCCAGUAUCACUGUGGGACCCACUACCCACUGUGGAUGCAAGGCACACACCCUUCCCUGGCCGAUGGAAUUGUUCCGAGAAAAGCUUGCUCCAAUAUCCAUGGCAGCACAAGCCAAACUUGUUGCGACUUUUCACUAGACAUUCAGGUGAAGAACUGUGGUACAUUUUAUGUGUAUAAUCUCCAAACUGUCCCAGCAUGUUCCAUGGCUUACUGCGCAGGAAAUAAGAGGGUUUGCGAUCUUGGAGGACAGGUAGCAACUGGGGGAAAUUGCCCAGAUCACUAUCCAAAAUUAACGUCAACGCCCGUUCUUUCCAAACCGGAAGUAACGUUAACAGAGGUUCGAUUUUCGUGCAAAAUUGACUACCCUCUCGGACAACCAGACGUUGGAUUUGUAGUAACUUGGACUGUGGACGGUCAGGAGUUGAACAGUACUGGCCAACCUCUGCAGACAACAUUAUUAGGGGAUUCCAGAAUCGCUUAUUUAAACGCCGCAAAACUGAAAGGAAAUUUAGGAAAAGAAUUGAAGUGCAGUGUCCGGUCCUUCCACCCAUCGAAAGGGAAGGGUGUGAUGAGUAUUGCUCUUACCAGUAGAGGAUAUUGGGCAGGCAUUAGGGUUACCCCUUUUGGCAAAAUCAAUCUAGAUGAAGGUGGGCCAGAGAGAACAGUCACGUUAGAAUCCACCAUACCACUACUUUGUAAAGACAUGUAUGCUCCUUCUGAAUGCAAUCUGCCAGUCAAACUUGCUGCUCUGAAUAGUUCUACGGAUAUUUCUCUGUCCGACUGUCACUAUUACCUCAGGUUGGAUAAUGCUACAGGUACAUAUAAGACAUCCUUCAAGGUUAAAGCCACACGGGAUUUUAUCAAAGAUAAUAACUUUGUUCAGGAAAUUGCAUUCCAACCAAUCAGAAUGCUAUUUAAUAAUGAGAUGUGGAACAACUAUACACCAAACCCUAUAAUGAUUGGCACAACGGACAAGGAUCACGGUCAUUGUCUUCUGUGGGGAGAUCCACAUUUUACCGGUUUUGAUUACAAAAAAAAUUACAACGUCUAUGAAGUUGGUGACAUGGUAAUGUACAAAUCUAAAAACCAAAAGAGACCUUUUGAGGUUCAAAUCAGGACAUGGCCUUGUGGAAGCUAUCACCCCUGCGCCUGCGCAGUUAUUGCAAGAGAAGGAAACGAUGUCAUUGAAAUUGACAUGUGCGAAAAAAGAAAAGAUGUUGUCGAGGCUCCAACUGUUUCCUACCCAUCCGGACAUCCUUUGGAGGGAACCACCGUCAGCAGAAAUGAAACUGGGAAAAUAUUUUACAUCAAUUUCCCAUCCGGAGCUAGAAUAAAGGUGGAUGCCUCUCAUGCAUAUAACGGUGCACGCCAUCAUACAACAGAAUACUCGCCCUAUAUGAAUAUAGAUGUCCAGGCUCCCCCAGACGAUUUUGGUUCGAGUGAGGGUCUUUGUGGGAAUUGGAAUGGGGAUAGUUCGGAUGAUUUCAUCGGAGGAGACAAUAUUCAAUACCAAUCAUCGUCCGUUGCAAACUUCUCCAAAAGUUGGAUGCUACCAGCUAAUACAAGUAUGUUUCACCAAGUCCCUAAGUAUGAACAACAUCUAGCUCCCAAAUUUGAAUAUUGUUCCUGCAAGCAAGGACGUGUCGAUUGUACAAAAAUAGGCAAAGGUGCCAUCAACCCUAGCAAGCCAAGGGACGGAUCAAUUAUAAGUGAUAAAAACAAACAUCCUCGUCGAUCAGCCCAUGCCUACACAGACCACUAUCCUGACAGGGAUAUUCCUGUAGAUCCAAGGGUGGCAGCAAAGAGACUGAAGAGAAAUGCAGAAGCGAUGUUUCCGACUCCCUCUGGAAUAACAGAACAUCAAGCAAGAACUGCUUGUUCCAGAAGUAUUGCCAAAUCCUCGCUCCAUUCUCAUUGCCAACACACAACAAUCCUUUCAAAUAUAGUGGAUGGUUGUGUUGAAGACAUAAAAUACUCUGAUAGUGUAGAAACCUUCGAGCUAGCCCACAUGAAUGCUUUUGAUAGUAUCUGUUACAACGAGCUGGCAAAGGAUCCUAGAAAUAUUGAGUAUGUUAAUGGAAACCCAGUCGUGAGUUCGUCAAUCAUGACCUGUCCCAACCAAUGCUCCAAACAUGGGAGGUGUAUCGGUACCACGUGCCACUGUGACCAUGGCUUCACUUCAGCUGAUUGCUCGAUCAAAAUAGGUGUUGCGCCAACCAUUCAUAGAAUAAGGGGGGAUGGACAUUGCGAUAUCAGAAAGCGUCCUUGUCGCCAGGCCAAUGUUAUUGUUGACAACAUCAUGGAUUCCUCCCUUUUAGCUUGUAGAAUUACACCCCUCAAUCUCUCAGAUGGCGUCCCAGUUGCUUCUGGUAUUUCUGUGACGUAUAAAGCAGAAUUUCUGAGUUUCUUAGAAGUGCAAUGUCCAAUUCCGGAACACAAUGUUAUGAAAGGUCUAAGCAAAAUAGGCUUUAAAAUCUCCAUAACUUCAGACGGUCAACAUUACAGCCAGGAUGCACUGUUUAUUGUGUCUGAUGGUUACUGUACCACGUGUACAGCUUCUGGGGUGUGUACACAAAAGCCCGAUAGUUGUUUCAUUGAUGGUGUAUGCUAUCGUAGUGGAGACCAGAACAGGGACAACCAAAUCUGUGACCCUUCGGUGUCUACAAAUGACUGGAGUUUCAUCAAAUCUGUUCAAGAAAUAGACCAUUACACGGCGACCUUCACCGGAUGUCGCUGUCCGUACAACACCCAUCCGUAUGACUGCGCAUGUUGUCAAAAUGGCGGAUGUCAGUGCGGGGAAGUCCAGCGUAACCAGUGUUAUGACUGUAAUAACAAGACUCUGUGCGGCUUAUAUCCAACUCUUUUUCCGUCACCAAAUCAACAGUGACGCUUUUUUUCAGUUGAUAUUUAUCACAAACCAUUAAAACCAAUUUUGGUUGUUCGUUCAUAUAUAUAUAUAUAUAUAUAUAUAUAUAUAUAUAUAUAUAUAUAUAUAUAUAUAUAUAUAUAUAUUUACCUCAUCAAUUAUUGAUUUUAAAAAUUAAAACGUUACUGAAAUAAUUGUAUUCUCAAGAAUCGUUUAGACUUUAAUUUUAUGGUCAAUAUGUUUAACUUUUUAUUAUUAUUUUUUGUUUGGCUUUGUAUAUGUUACAAACGGAAUAAUAUUUUCCCAGUUAUAUAAGUAAAUGGAACUUAUCAUGUGAUCGAUUCAUUUCAAACGCUGAGUUACGUUUUAAUAUAAACUUGUUUUCUCCCACAAUGUUACGAGUACUUGUUUACAGUCGUCUUUCAUUUUCAGUAUUGAAUAUAAUUAUAUUAUGUACAUCCACU